GAAGAAUGCUCGUUCAUUUUACAAGGAUGGAGGAAGCUACAUUGAAUGUUUUCACAGACAAUACAAGGGAGCACUGUUGCUCUGAGUUUUCUCUUGAAGAACAUGACGCAGAUAAGCAACUGCUUACACAUGGCUUCUGUAGUACGACAUCGUCGUGAACAAGUCGUGUAUAUCUUGAGUAAUUCCUGAAAUCCCCGAACUCAGCAGAAGCAUAUCUAGCUAAUCGAGAGAGUAUGUCGCACUCAAAUUCGAGGGUCGUGUUCUUCCAGCGGCCAGCUCAGCACGACCAUUGCUCAAUCCUUCCUUGGCUUAGCUCAUAGGGCCGCAGCACGCAGCACGCUAUCGCGGCGUGUCUUUCCUACCUCUUCCACGGUGCUCAACUCUCGACGCCGACGCUAAUAUGACUGACCGAUUCAAGAAUUUAACAAAGGAUUUGCAUCGGCCAAAGCUUGGUGGGGGUAGUGGCAGCUCAGGCGGGCAGAGUGACUCGAAGUUUGGGCAGGUGAAAGGACUAUUGAGUAGGGGGAAAAGCAGCUCAGAUACCUCUCGCGAACAUCAGACCACGCCGCUCUCGUCAUUGAAAGACCCAUCCUCAUUUGCUCCUCCGCCAAGACGAGGAAACUACGGUGUGGAUUCAGUCGGAUCCGUAAGCUCGCGCCCAGUACCUGCACCACCGCCUAGAUCCACCGGACACCACUUGCAGGAAAGGGAGGAGGAAGCCAGUAAGGCACCCCCAGUCCCAUACAGGGCAGACACAACAGGCUUGAAUACAGCGCAUCUGCCCAAGCCACCGGCUUUUCGACCAAACUCUGCUGCCCCUACUCCUCCGACUUCGUCUGCAAGACCAAAGCCCAGCCUACCACCGAGACUACCUCCGAGACAAAAUUCUAACCCCGACGAAUAUGCUCCGGCUCCUCCACCCACAUACAACGAGGCGACACAAGAAGGAACGCCCUUACAAGGAAUGCUGAAUCAAGGCGCUAUGGGACGGUUGGGACAGGCUGGGAUUUCUGUACCUGGUUUUGGCAUCGGCCGCACUGCGUCUCCUCCUGUUCCAGCUCGUCACAAUCCCUCGCCUCCUGUACCGCCUCGCCAGAAUAGCCACUCUUCGAUUGCACCUCCACCGCCACCUGCGUCAAAAGGGCAAGGAUCACAAUUGAGCGAAUUGCAAGGCAGAUUUGCUCGAAUGUCGACUCAAUCCGCCGAACCGCAGGCUCCCAGCACAGGCACCUCGUGGGCAGAUAAACAAGCAGCUCUUCGAACCGCCAGCAGUCUCCGCAACGACCCUUCCAAAGUAUCGGUGUCGGACCUCAAGGGAGCAGCGUCAACUGCCAAUAAUUUCCAACAGAGGCAUGGGGAGCAGGCUGCGUCUGGCUGGCGGGCAGCAAACGGGCUGAACCAGAAGUAUGGCAUAGCGGAUAGGGUGAACAACCUUGGUUCAUCCAGCACGUCACCAGCACCAGGUGUGGGCAAGAAACCUCCACCACCACCGCCGCCGGCGAAGAAGAAAGAGCUGAGUGGGAGUUCAGGGGAGCCACCGCCUAUUCCUCUCAGCAGCAAACCAAAGUUUACGUAGUUUCAAGUAUUUGGAUAGAGUUCUCGCUGAUACCCAUUCAAUACCGAUUUAUGGCGCUGCUUCAAGUUCAGAUAUUGGUGUGUGAGUAGGAUUAAUUGGUUCGGUUGACAUGGUGUUGAGAUGCAGUGCCAAGGUGUCAACAAAAUCGUCGAGUAGAACCCUUGCCCACGUAUUCUGCAAACGUACAUAGUUGCUGGAGCUGUUGCUCCCGUUCACCCGUCCUCCAUCACUGGAAUGUAGAAAAGGUACAAAAAGAC